AAAAUAGGAUCUUAGUUGAAGUGCAGUAUAAGUUUCACUGGUACUAACUCUGAUUUUACGACAAAGUCUUGAGGAAGAGGCAGCCUUUUUCUGCUCCUUGUGCCUCCAUUAGUAACCUCCACAAAUUAUGAUAUAUUUUUCUCGUCCCCUUCAGCAUCCUCUUUGAGGUUGUAUGGCACUAAUCAAUCUACAGCUAGUGGUGACUGAGUUUGAAGUUGUAUCCUGCUGUUCAAUCUGCAGCUAGUGAUCGUUGCCGGUGUGGCUGGUCAGUUUUGUCGUCCGAAGGUCUGGGCAUGCGGUGCCGCGCGUGCUCGUGAGAGAGUACUCUAGUUUCUCCUCCUUCUCGUCACCUGGCCAGUUUUCAGUGCGAGCAUGUGGGUUGAAGAUCAAGGCGGAUUCAAUAAUGAAUUGACGAGCUUUCAUGGUGAGGAAAGUGAACAAUGUUCGUGGAUAUUGACGAGGAUUGGGAGGUGAAGUUGAAUUUUUGUGUGCAGUUGUUCAGGGACUCGUCUCGAUUGAGUACCAUGUUUUGUGACGGAGAUGUCACUCUUGCAGUAAUUCAGAGUGAUGUAGCUUGCGCUGUAUUUUCGAAGUAUCAGUGCGCAGGUAAGUGUAACGCUUAAUAAUCUAAGCACAAGGAUGUUGGUUAUCGUAAGGUUUGGGAGAGUUUUUGUGUAUGCAUACAAGAGGUGUUUUACAGCUGCCUACAUGUGAACUUCGCGUAGUAUGCAAUCGCUAAUGCCAGUUUUUUUUUUUUUUUUUUUUCUUUUUCCUUUUUUUUUGCUCCCAAGUGCUUUGUAGUUUCUUCGUGCGAAACUUUACUCACUGAAUUGAGCUUUUGAUGGGCUCAGUCUGAUCUGUUCGAGAAAUUUUCUCACGUUGGGAUGUGUCGCGCCACAUAGUUUUCCAAAUAGUUGAAGCCGAGAGUACAUUGCAGACGCCUCCAUAAGAAAACUUUUGCACACCGUUACUGCGUGCGAUGGAUACCAUGGCUCCAUUACGUUUAUCUAAUUUCGAAGGAAUCGAUGUGCGUUUCGUUUGUGCUUGCCACGAUCAUUUCGGUCCUAAUAGAAAGUCCUCCCCCAAGUACCGUACUGUUCUAGGACCUACCCCUUGAAAAUUGCUCGCCUUGCGCAUAGGAAGAGUCUAAUAAUAGGUCAUCAUGCAAAACUGUCAUUAGCUAUACAGCGGAACUCUCCUAUAUUAACCAAUCUUGUAAAAUAGAAAUGAAAGCGCUCUCGUCUUUUUCUGCAUUUUAGUAAGUAGGAUUUGUGAACUAGGGACAGCUCGGUCUAAAUCUCCAGUUGGUGCGACGCUGACGUGACGGUCCCGAAGUGUCUCUCCGAGUUGUGUUGGUGUGGUUCAAACAUACACUCUUAUUAGUCCAAUGCGGAUAGAUCUUCGAUAGGUGUAGAUGAGAUGAAUGCUUUUUCCGGAGUCCAGGCUCAUAUUGAAAAGUUGCAGAAGCUUAUUAAAGGCCACUUGAAUCCUCACAGAAGUCCAUGAUUAGAGUUAACUGUAUCUCCUCGCUUGAUAAUUUGUGAAAGUUGGUGAAGCUUUGUGGAUCUGCUUUAGACACUACAGGUGGGACGGAGAUUGUGGGUACCACCUACUGCGCAUUAACAAAGUUGCUAAUUGUUGAGGAUAGUCCAUGUUUUGUGUGUUUCUCUCAGGAUCUUCAAAGUGUCUGUGAAGUUUAACUUGCUCGCUUCUGCAUUUAAACGAAUGAAUUAGCACCUGGCAAACCUUACGACGCAUUACCGCUGACGCUACCCUCGUGGUCUUUGAGAGCAACACGGGAGAAGACAAGGAGAAAAAAGUUGUUUUGAGCGUUAUGAUGCUGCAGCAGGUGUCGCGGCGCUGUCUAUUAGCCCAAGGUUCACGGUUAGCAGCCAAGAGACUUCAUUCAUGAUGGGACAGGACCACUCAGUGCAGCAAUUUAGAGUUGUGGUGCCUCUGAUUUGCAGACUAAGUGACAAACUAGUACUGUAAAUCGUGGGGAUGAAACGAUUGCCUUUGACAUAUUCUGCUGAUAGCGCAAGUUCAAGAUAGGGCUGGGCGGAUUCAAUCGUCGGUGAUGUUUCUCUGAAGGAGAUUGAAUUACUGUGAAAAGUAGACCACAGAUUGAUUCCAAAUGGCCUCAAAGCUAUUCCUAAGCAAGCCGGAGCUGCGAGGGAGUGGAAGUUUUUUUAGAAGGGUUAAUAAUAGCAAUGUGCUGGGUGUCUCGUUGCUCUUAGCUUGUAGCAUAGGAGUGCUCUUAUUAUGUCUCAUGUAUGUUGACGGAAGUACAUUCUUCGUCAACAUUGGCAAUGAGCCUGUUGUGUUGCAGAGGGGCUUGGGUGCCACUUCAUUAUCCAGCCACGAGUCGGGAGAGAGCACUGGUUCGCGAAUGACACCAGCGACACAAAUUAUUUCAGUCACAAGGAGUGUUGACCAGCCGGAGGUAGAAUCCAACGAUACCUCUGAAGAUGUAGAGUUAGGAAAGGCUACUGGUAAUAAUUUCGUCACAGAAGAAGAACAUUGCUCUGGACUCAAUGAUGGUGGGAUCAAAUUUCACACUCCAGUUUCGAAGGAGCAUGAAGUUUCAGCGACACCAGGUGGCAAAGGGACGGAGGACGGAGAUCGUGAAGUCUUAGGCCGUUGUGACAUCGCCCAUGGAAAAUGGGUGUAUGACGAGAUGUAUCCACUGUACAGGUCCAGGAAUUGCCCUUUCUUGGAUGCAGGAUUUCGGUGUGAAGAAAACGGGCGGCCUGACACGGACUACAUGAAGUACCGCUGGCAACCUCAUGACUGUGACUUGCCCAGAUUCAACGCAAAGGACAUGUUGGAGAGGUUGCGAAAUCAACGGCUAGUGUUUGUCGGGGACUCUUUAGGGCGAAAUCAGUGGGAAUCUAUGUUGUGCAUGCUCGCAGAGGGUGUGCAGAACAAAUCUCGGAUUUACGAAAUCGAUGGCCAACCUAUAACUAAGCACACUGGUGAGCUGAAAUUCCGAUUCCAGGACUACAACUGUACUGUGGAGUAUUACAGAGAUCCUUUUCUUGUUCCUCAAACCCGACCACCUCGGAAUGCACCAGAAAAUGUGACAAACGUACUCCAAAUCGAUCGAGUCUCGUGGAGUGCUAGCAGGUGGCCUGGCGCCAGCAUCUUGGUAUUCAAUUCAGGCCACUGGUGGUCCUGGGAAAAGAUCGGGCGCCAAGGUGGCGCGUUUCAAGUGGAGAAAAAUGUUACAAGCCAUGGCUUUGAAGAGGCGUUCAGAAUUGCGCUAACAACUUGGGCAUCAUGGAUGGAAAAAAAUAUUGAUCCUAUGAAAACCCAAGUAUUUUUUCGGAGUUUUGCGUCAAUCCAUUUUAGAGGAGGAACGUGGAGAAGUGGAGGGCAUUGCCACGAAGAGGUCAAGCCACUGACCGACGAAGAGGUUCUGACAAUGCAGAAAAUACCUUGGACCAACAAAUACAUUGAGGAUGCAAUCCACCAGAACAUAAAGAUGAAGAGGAGUGCUGUUGAGUACAUGGAUGUCACAACGCUCACAAACUACAGGUCUGAUGGACACUCGGGAUUGUACGCAAACAAUGUGAAACUUAUGGGACCAACGCCGAAGAACCGUCAAGAUUGUAGCCAUUUCUGUUUACCUGGAGUACCUGAUACAUGGAAUGAGCUCUUGUUCGCAACUUUGCUCGCUAGGGGUCAAGGUGUUUGGGGACAACCCACAGGCCAGUAAGCAGUCCAUUCCUCACCUUCUAGAUGUCUAAAGCGCAGACCAUGGAACAAUCUAGUAGCACAUCAAGUGUCUGUUGUCACACAGUAUAUACAGAGAGAUGCUCUCUAGGAAGGAUUGAUGCCAACUCCAUUGGAACAGCAUAUCUUAGGUCUUGUAGUGGUUCUGAUUUUGUACAAGGAUAUGUACAACCAGAUAUGGGGUGCACUGCAAAAUGUUAGUUAGUGGGUUGCAAGUUGAUACAGCACAUUAGCUGAAUAGGGUUCAUUUAAUCUACUACUCAUUGGAAUCAGUCAGGAUGGUUAGAUAAGUUGGACAACUUUUUGAUAUAUUUAUUAUGUUUUAGUUUCUCUCAGAAGGAACUGUGCCCUUGAGUAUUCACGGAAUGGGCAUGUUGGGUACCUUUUUGGCAAUAUCUGACAAUCAGGAAUGAAUUUAUCACAUGUUUCACAAA